AUGGAGAGUAAAAGCUAUCAACUCCUGAAGACAGGCGCGCCUGAGAACCGUGUCGCGAAGGAUCAACUUCACCAAGUGGCGACUCCUGAAGAUCGCACUGUACCCUCUCAUGGUAAGUGCAUGUCCACAAGCUUGAACCGCAGAGUCAAACUGACAUUCGUCAGAGACCCUGACACCGUCGCAACGUUUCUUGAUGAAGCCAACAUAUGCUGGGGCCCUGCCGUUCCUUCUUUCAGUAAAGAUUAUCCCACUUCCACAGAUGUCAUAAUGCGCCGCCUCCCUCGGUACCAACCCCUCAUGCUGCCCGUGGUCAUGUCUCCCAAUCAGGACGGGAGGCUCCUGAUGGCCCAUCCACGGGACCGCCUGCAGAGCGAGAUCGAAGAUCUCAAGGCACAACACCAGUCGGGUGGCCAGGGCGUCUCCCAAAGACAGUCAAAGUGGUUUUGGGUCUUUCUGUCCUUGCGUAAGCUUAUCUUGGUUGCGGCAUUUGCCUUGAUCAUGUUCGUCGCUUUUGUUGCUGUCACCAUUGCCUUGGCUUCAUACAUCGCUCCGUCACUGUUGCAGCUUAACGACAUGAUGGGCGUGCAGAAUUCUGAAGUCAAGGUCCAUGAAAUUGCUGCGCGAGGCCCAAACAGCGUCUGGGACCCUCACGGAAGACCAGCCAGUCCGCUCGCCAGUGCCUCUGGGGCGACCUUCUCCUUGACUCUCAAGGUCGUCUCCGCGUGGGUGGAGGUCACUCAAGACAUUGCAGGCAUUUUCUUAUUCGGCCGCCUCCAGUAG